UUUCUCACUGUGUUCCAGGCUCUGAGGUACCUGUACUUCCAGGUGGGCCAGGCGUUGGGUCCUCCACCUCAGUACCCGGAGGAGCACAAAGCCCAGAGCAGGACCGCAGCAGCUCAGCAGGCCUCCUCUACAGAGCCCAAACCUCUCCCCCUCUGCAAGGCCGACCUCCAGACCGUCUUAGAGCCCCAGCCAACCCAGGGACAGGGCAGGGUUCAGCCCCUCCAGCAGAUCCACCAGCCUCAACACAACACAGACUGGGAUGGACACAGCCAGCACCAGUACCAGCCAUCCCCACUCAGCCUGGUCAAACACACCCAGCCACAGAAAGUGGGGUGUGAGAACACCGUGUCAGGGUUCAGGAGCAGUAGGAGGCGGUGGGGACAGACGUCAGUGAAGGCAGCAGACACCUGGGAUGAGGUGGAUGACUCUGACCUGGGUAUCUCCCUCUCCAAGAAACCCAGCAUCGCAUCUCUCAGGGACAAACACCAGGACAACGACAACUACCGGUCUGCAGAGCCCAAGUCCAACAUGUCAUCAGUGAAGCAACACUAUCUGCACCAGUCCAGAUACCUCCCUGGCGUGAACCCUAAGACCAACAAGAACAGCUUUCAGCAGCAGCCUGGAAGGAGUGUGUGGGCCAACUACUCUUUAACCAGGGCACAGGGAACAGGACUGCCACUUACUAAAGAUAACUUCCUGAGUAACACCUACAACCCUGCCAGCAGUAGCAGUUACACACCAUCGUUUCAGAAGGAGAUGGGAUCAGCUGGACACAGGACCCAUCACCUAGCAACCGUAGGAGGCAACUCUGCUAAGUACGAGGGAUGGAAGACCAAAUCCAUGAAUCCUCAGAUCCCUGGAUCUUCUCGCCUCAACAGCAACAGUGGAGGGAAGAUCACCUCGUCCAGACCUCCUCCUAUCCAGCCUGUUCACGGACGGGUGGACUGGGCCACCAAGUACGGAGGAGGCCACCGGUAGCACAGCCCACUAUAGCCAUAUGACUGAGAAGAGUACCCAUUGAUCCCACUAUAGCCAUAUGACUGAGAAGAGUACCCAUUGACCCCACUGUAGCCAUAUGACUGAGAAGAGUACCCAUUGACCCCACUAUAGCCAUAUGACUGAGAAGAGUACCCAUUGACCCCACUGUAGCCAUAUGACUGAGAAGAGUACCCAUUGACCCCACUAUAGCCAUAUGACUGGGAAGAGUACCCAUUGACCCCACUGUAGCCAUAUGACUGAGAAGAGUACCCAUUGACCCCACUGUAGCCAUAUGACUGAGAAGAGUACCCAUUGACCCCACUGUA